CGCUAUAUACUCUACGCUACAGCAAAAAAAAUAAGGAACGAAAGGAGAGGAAAAUAUAUAUAGAAAAAAAUAAAAUUAAAAAAAAAGAAAGAAAAACUCUUAUAUGGAUUUCUCUUUCUGAUUCAUCGAUGUUCAUCUGAUUUUGCAUUUCUUUCCAUCUUCGAUUCUUCCAAAUCAUCAGUUUCAAUCCGCUUAUUUUGAUUCUGCCGAUCCUUUCAUCGUUACAUUCAAUUCUCCAAUUCCUUUUUGGGGGAAGAAGAUCUUCUUCUGUCUUCUUUUACCACUCCUCUUCUUCCCCAAUACAAAAAUUGCUGCUGAAGUUUAUGUUCCUUGGAUCUACGAGAUUUUGAUUGUAGUCGAUUUUAGUACUGAGAUUCGAGUUGUAAAAUGGCAUCAAUGGUCGCUAAGCCGAGUUGUCCCAGUACUAGUAAUCAUGGGCCUUCUUCGAUGACUGUUCAGGAAAAAGGGAGUAGGAAUAAGAGGAAAUACAGAGCAGAUCCACCUUUAGGUGAUCUGAAUAAGAUCACCUCUUCCUCUCAAGAUAAAUGUCCGAGUUAUGAGUUUUCAGCUGAGAAAUUUGAGAUUAGUUCAAGUAUGGGGCAAAGCGGUGGGUGUGACCUUUGUGGCAUUAGUCAAGAAUUUUCUGCUGGAUUGAAACUUGAUCUUGGAUUGUCCAAUGGAGGCUCUUCGGAUGUUGGGAUAAACUGGCCAAGAGGGGAAUUAGAAGUUGAUGAGUAUCAGGAUGCUGAUUGGAGUGACCUUACAGAAGCUCAACUCGAAGAACUAGUUUUAAUCAAUUUGGACACAAUAUUCAAGGGUGCAAUCAAGAAGAUUGUUGCUUCUGGAUACACCGAAGAGGUUGCUAUAAAGGCUGUCUCAAGGUCUGGCAUCUGUUUUGGUGGUAAAGAUACAGUCUCAAAUGUAGUGGAUAACACCUUAGCUUUUCUUAGAAGUGGUCAAGAAAUUGAUCAUUCCAGGGAACACUAUUUUGAAGAUUUACAGCAACUAGAAAAAUAUAUUUUAGCCGAAUUAGUUUGUGUUUUACGUGAGAUAAGGCCUUUCUUCAGCACUGGCGAUGCAAUGUGGUGCUUAUUGAUUUCUGAUAUGAAUGUGUCUCUUGCGUGUGCGAUGGAUAGCAACCCAUGUAAUGCACUUGUCUGUGAUGGUACUUCGAAUGAGAGCUUGCCUAAUACUGUCCCGCAGUUAAAAGCAGAAGUCAAAAGCUCCGAGAUGAAUCUUCCUAAGCCUGUGAAGCCAAUCUCUCCAAUCAGUUCUGCUCAUGGUUCUCAAUCUGAUGGACCAGCCACUGUAGGAGUUCCUAGUAUUUCAAAACCAAAGGACCCAUUAUUUUCAAGUGGACCAUUAUCAGAAAAAGAAUUGCAAAAUUCCACCUUUGAUGUUGUUGAGGAAUCAUUUAGUGUGGCUGUAAACUCUCAAACUUCUGUGUCUGAAGAAAAAAUUGAGAGCAGUAGAAAGGUUCACUCUAAUAUAACUAAGAGAGAAUACAUGCUGCGACAGAAGUCACUUCAUGUGGAUAAAAACUUCCGAACAUACGGACCUAAGGGAUCAUCAAGAGCCGGAAAGCUGACUGGUUUGGGGGGUUUAAUGUUGGAUAAGAAACUAAAGUCUGUUUCAGGCUCCACUGCAGUAAACUUUAAGAAUGCUUCAUUGAAAAUAAGCAAGGCUAUGGGAAUUGAUGUGGCCCAAGAUAAUGGGAGCCAUAAUCUUUCCACCAUGGACAUUCCUUCUUCCUCUCUACCAUUUAACUUGGAAAAUAUUAAUACCGUUUCUCUUUUUUCUAAGACCAAUUUACCAUCUUCAAUGCCCGCACCUAGUUCCCCACCUGCAUUACCUGCAAUGAAUACUUCAUCUGCGCCACCGACUACUGAUAUUGAUCUUUCUCUUUCUUUGCCUACUAAAAGUAAUCAACCCUCAGUUCCUUUCAACUGCAAUCCUGAGUCGUCAACUAGUAGUUUUGUUGAGAAACCUCAUGAAAAGUUCGUUGGACAGUGGUUUCCCAGGGAUAAGAAGGACGAGAUGGUUUUGAAUCUACUGCCAAGAGUUCAGGAAUUACAAAAUCAACUGCAGGAGUGGACACAGUGGGCCAAUCAAAAGGUCAUGCAGGCUGCAAGAAGGCUAAGUAAGGACAAGGCUGAACUCAAGACUUUGAAGCAAGAAAAAGAGGAAGUUGAACGGCUGAAAAAGGAGAAGCAGACUCUAGAGGAAAAUACGAUGAAGAAACUCUCUGAGAUGGAACAUGCAUUGUGCAAGGCUAGUGGGCAGGUUGAACUUGCUAACUCUGCUGUUCGGAGGCUUGAAGUGGAGAAUGCUGCACUACGACAGGAUAUGGAGGUUGCAAAAUUACGGGCCACAGAAUCAGCUGCUAGCUAUCAAGAGGUUUCUAAGAGGGAAAAGAAAACACUGAUGAAAGUUCAAUCAUGGGAGAAGCAGAAAAUGCUGUUUCAAGAAGAACAUACAGCCGAAAAAAGAAAAGUGAAAAAACUAAUACAGGAACUUGAGCAGGCCAGAGAUCUCCAGGAGCAACUUGAGGGUAGAUGGAAGUUAGAAGAGAGAGCAAAAGAUGAACUGCUUGUGCAGGCUGCUUCAUUGAGAAAGGAAAGAGAACAAAUCGAAGAUUCAGUAAAAGUAAAGGAGGAUACAAUUAAAUUGAAAGCUGAAAAUAAUCUUAUAAAAUACAAAGACGAUAUUCAAAAGCUUGAAAAAGAAAUCUCUGUAUUGAGACUUAAGACCGAUUCGUCAAGAAUUGCAGCUCUUAAGAGAGGCAUAGACGGAAGUUAUGCCAGUAGGCUUACAGAUACCAGAAAUAGCACAGAUCACAAAGAGUCAUGGUCCCCAAAUGUAUCGGAAUCAAUGAAGGAUCUUUACAAGUACUCUGGGACAGGUGGCGUGAAGCGGGAACGAGAGUGUGUGAUGUGCCUUUCAGAGGAGAUGUCAGUAGUUUUCCUUCCCUGCGCCCAUCAAGUGGUGUGCACUACCUGCAAUGAACUACAUGAAAAACAGGGUAUGAAAGAUUGUCCAUCUUGUAGGAGCCCAAUACAGCGGCGUAUUCCAGUCCGUUAUGCUCGCUCUUAAUCAGUUUACAUGGUGAGUUGAGUGUUUUUGAAUAAUGUUCUGGGACUCCUAUGGAAUGGAAUAAUGCAUUUGAAUUACCCUUGUUAGAAAGUGUUGUUGGAAAAUCAAAGUUUGGCUACUACUACUGCUAUGUUGGUGUUAUUGUCAAUGCUUACCUUACAUCUCUCAGCAACUCUUGAACAA